CAUAGUCGCGGCUUUCGGGCCGGCAAAAUAGCGCGCCAAACGCGCGACGCGCGAAUUUCACCUUUUUUCAACGCGACUAACGACAUGGACAUCUUUGACGACGACAACGAGGUCGAGAUAAUUUCUCGUCCCUCUACUUCGGCUUCUACUGCAUCUUUUGGUUCAUCUAGCUCUAGUCAGCCUCUAUUUCUUCCCGACCACGACGACGAAGACGAGUUCAACAAUGAUCCAGAGAAAAAUCUUCCUCAACAACAGGAUAUCAACGUGGACGAAAUUUUUGACAGCGUGGUUGGCGACGACCUCAACUUUGACUACGUGCCCCUAGCGCGGAAUCGAGAGAUCGACUAUGCUAAUCUCGAACGUGAGGCGCAGAGAAAGGCAAAAGCACAUGUUCCCCUACGCGAAAUCCUCAGCAGCUCGCCUCCUCCCCCAGAUACUGGGAAUGACGCGUCAAAAGGCAAGAAGGGAAGAGGAAAAGACGACGGAGAAAAGGAGAGACGGAAGCCUAUGAGAUUGGAUGAGGCUAGAUUAGUGGGGCCCACCGGCUUUCCUCAAUUGAUAGAGGACACAAAACAUUUUCGUAUCAAAGGAAAGGGACACGAGGCUACAGACCUCAACCGAUUAUUGCAAAUAUAUCAAUAUUGGACUCAUCGAAUGUACCCAAAAUCACAGUUCAAGGAUACAGUUGAUCGCGUGGAGAAGUUAUGUCAUUCCAAGCUCAUGCAUAACAAGCUAAGUAUGUGGCGCGACGAGGCUCACGGAAAGGCACAUCCUGAUACUGAAGACGAGGGCACAGAGGAGAAUGCAGAUGACGGCCCAAUAACUGAUGUGAACCCAGAAGGAGGGGCUGCUUCCAGACGUGUCUCAUCUCUAGCACCUGAAUCCGACGCAGCAGCCUACGCUUCUUCGUCGCCUUCUCCACCAACACACCCACCUUCCUCUACAACACCGUCGAAUGCCGGAGGAGACGAGUUCGACGACCAAGACAUGGAAGCAAUUUGGAAGGAGAUGGAAACAGAGCAGGCAAACGAAGCUCGUCGUGCAACGACCACAACGAGCAAUGUAGCGAGUCGAGACGGAGAUGUACAAUCUUCUACUAAUGCCAAUGGUGCAGAGGGGAGUUUCAUGGAUGUUGAUGAUGAUAUAGAGGGUUGGCUAGCAAUGGAAGAAGCAAUGGAUGGUCGAAGUUUGACUUCAACAGCCGCGCCAACAGGAUUGUCUUUCGCUACCGCAGUUAAUUCUAAUCCUUCGAAGAACGCGAACGGCAGUGUUACUCUAGCUGUAGAUGAUGAUGAUGAAAUGUGGGGAAUCAGCCACGAGACGGAAGCAGAGGAUGCUCGAAAGCAGGCAGCUUUGAAAGAUCAUUCCGCCGUUGGGACCACACCCGAAACACCUUCGAAAGCACAGACAAUAUCCACUACAGAACGAGGCUUCGACGAUAUGUAUUGCUAAAAGUAGUCGGAAUCAACUAUGUAUUGCAGCAAUAAGGGGAGUAAUACUAGGAAUUAACUUGGGACUUUAGACCAAGAGUGGUGUAUGUAAAAAGCUACAUCUCUAUGCCAUAUACAGAAUAUAACAAGUCAAGGAGCGCGAUGGAUGCAAUCAAACGGCAGCAGGAGUAACAGCAUUAUAGCUGUCCCAAGAAUAUAGCGUACCCUUUCACCAGCGAUCAUUACGACCACCAUAUCCGCUAUCUCCACCUCCACCUCCACCCCAGCGCCCACCACCACCUCCUC